AUAAUCUUGGCUAGAGGAAAGAGAAAUAAUUACUUCCUGAGGUUAAACACCAGCCGUGCAAUAAUUCAACAAUCAGUACGGAGUGCUUUUGUGGAAUCACGAUAUUUCCCUAGUGGUGUCAGUGACUAUCAUCAACCCUGGUCGACAGCCAGCCUCCUCGGCAUCCUCCGACGUGAUACUAAACAACUCGGCGGACCCCCGUCGUCCGAUCACCACCACCCACGCCUGCCACGCACCCAUUGUGGCCCUAUUACUCGGCAUUGACUAAGGAGACACUGCGCGCUUGACAUUUCUCAUCUAGCAGUCCUCCCAUCCUGAUCCAUAACAGCCAAUUUUAUUACCAACUUGAUCACCGGCCAACAUGUCGGUCAAGUUUCAGCAGGAGACCAUCCGCGACACGGCGGCCAAAGGGGGCAAUGAGCUUGCGCAGUCAGCUGGCGCUGCAUUGGCAGGCAAGGCUGUCAAGCCGGGAUAUCUAGCAGCUUAUCUCCAGCAGCUGCAAGCACACCCGCUGCGAACUAAGAUGAUCACGUCCGGUACGCUUUCGGGCGCACAAGAGUUCCUGGCAUCAUGGAUUGCGCACGACAGAAACAAGCACGGCCACUACUUCACCGCGCGAGUGCCCAAGAUGGCCAUCUACGGCGCCUUUAUCAGCGCUCCGUUGGGCCACGUCCUGAUCAGCAUCCUCCAGAAGCUCUUCUCCGGACGUAAGAGUUUGAAGGCCAAGAUUUUGCAGAUUCUCGUCAGCAACCUGGUGAUCUCGCCGAUCCAAAACACCAUCUAUCUCAUCUCGAUGGCCUUGAUUGCCGGCGCGCGGACAUUCCACCAGGUCCGCGCCACUGUCAAGGCAGGCUUCAUGCCCGUCAUGAAGAUGAGCUGGAUCGUCUCUCCGAUCUCGCUCGCCUUUGCGCAAAAGUUCUUGCCCGAGCAGACCUGGGUGCCCUUCUUCAACAUCAUUGGCUUCUUGCUAGGAACAUAUAUCAACGCGCACACCAAGAAGAAGAGACUGGCCGCUCUGCGGAAAAAGCACUACGGUGAUGGCCGUGGUGAGUCCGGACGGCCAGGAGACUAUGGCCGACCUGGCUACUAAGCGUGCUGUAUAUUUUGUCAGCCGUAAGGCCAUGCGGGUUGAAGAGAAUUGGAUGUGGAGCAAGAGCAUCAUCGCCCAUAUAUUGAAACACAUUUGAAAUAGGAACAUGUGUGGUACCAUCUACAGAAAGUUGUAGCAUGUCAAUUUCUCGAAAUAUACCUCGAAUCGAGUCGAAUCAAGCCAUGAAACAGCAAAAGACAGCGACAGCGAUGGAUCCCCCCUUUUUUUUUCAUAAAUUAGUUCUUCACAAGUCCCAACUUUCUGCAAUUCGUAUUGUAUUUCGAAUAGUAAUAGCAUUCAAUGUAUAACGAAGCGGAUUCUUUCCAGAUUGCGAUUACAAGCUGACAACAC